AUGGCUCUUCUUGCCGAGCUUCUGGCCAUACCCUACCUGGCCCAGGGUUUAUGCGUGGCGGUCCUCGUACUAUUCGUCUCCAGCUUCUGGCAGGAUCUCUCCGAUGAGAUCCCGUAUAGCCGGAUACCGUUAGUCGGCAAGAAAUGGUGGGAUCUGUCGAAUAAAAAGGCCAAGGCACGAUUCGCGGAGGCUGCAAGAGCUCUGAUCGCAGAAGGUUUCGCCAAGGGUUCCGGCGUUUUCCAAGUCAUGGCUACGACCAGGCCUCUCAUUGUCUUGCAUCCCAAAUACGUGGAUGAGAUCAAGAACCAUCCCCACCUGGACUUUGAGCUUGCCACGAAAAAGAACUUCUUCGAAGAUCGAAUCGCCGGGUUCGAGGCAUUCCACCCCGCCGGUCCUACGAGGAUAAUGCUGGACACGGUGCGAAUCAAGCUAACCCAAGCACUAGGCUCAUUGAUAAUCCCACUCUCCAUCGAGACGGCCGCCACGAUGAAAGAAGCCUUUCCCCCAUCAGACGAAUGGACUACAUACAACUUCUCCCACAAAAUCCCGUGCAUAAUUGCCCGCCUCUCCACCCUCGUCUUCAUGGGCGAGACCGUCUGCCGCGACCCAGCUUGGCUCGACGUCUCAGUCAACUACACAAUCGACGCCUUCCUCGCAGCCCGCGCCCUGCGCAUGUGGCCCUCCGUGCUCCGUCCCUUAGUCCACUGGUUCAUGCCAAGCUGCCAAAAGCUACGACAACAUUUUGCCGUUGCGCGGGCCAUCGUCGCCCGUGAAAUUGAGAAUCGCACCUUGGCCAAGCAGGGUCAGCUUGAGUCGGGAAGUGAACCGCGUCGCGCCGAUGCGCUGGAUUGGCUGGAUGAAUUUUCGACGGCGUAUGGGUUUGUGUCUGAUCGGCCGCGUGAGCAGAUUGGACUAGCGCUGGCGGCGAUUCAUACUACGUCUAAUCUGUUGACGAACGUGGUGUAUGAUCUUGCGGCGUAUCCGGAAUACGUUGAGCCGCUGCGGGAGGAGAUUAAGGCUGUUUUGGCGGAGGAUGGGUCUUUGAAGAAGACUAGUUUGUUGAAGUUGAAGUUGAUGGAUAGUGUUAUCAAGGAGUCGCAGCGAGUGAAUCCUGUGAGUUUUGUAUCCAUGAACCGAAUCGCCCUCACCCCAAUCCCCCUCUCAGACGGCACCGUCAUUCCCCGCGGAGCCACCAUCGCCGUAUCAGCACACAUCAACGAAGACGACACCGUCUACCCAAACGCCUCCACCUACGACGGCUUCCGGUUCUACAAAAAGCGACAGGAGCCCGGUCACGAGCACCGACAUCAACUCGUCACAACGACGAGCGAGAAUUUUGGCUUCGGACAUGGACGACAUGCAUGUCCGGGACGGUUCUUUGCGGCUAGUGAGAUGAAGAUUUUGCUGGUGCAUUUGUUGUUAAAGUAUGAUUGGAAGUUUAAGGAUGUCAAGGGGAGACCGAGGAAUUUUGAGGUUGGGACGGAGAGUAUUGCGGAUCCGAGUGUUGAGAUGUUGUUUAGGGGGAGGGUGGCGGGGGUUGAUCUUGCGAUGUUGGGGGAGUGA